AUGGAUUGCGGAAGAGACUCAGCAUAUGAUUCCAGCUCACGAACUCUGCUCCGAUCAACAGACUUGUCGGGCAAAACUCCUUCGGUUUUCCAUAGCACUUUGAUCUCCUCCAGAACGCUUUCCAAAGUUUCCAGGAACCUGCUGGUCUGUCUCCAUUGGGAUGAGGCCACAAUCGACACGGAGUCUUCUUUGAUGAUGUAUCCGAUUCCAAAACCCGAUGGAAUUGCCGGAGUCACUCCAAAUAGAUGCAAUGCUGGGUUGCCGCAGUUGGCUGCCAGGAUCUCUGGCUUGUACAGCAGAUCCAAGGCCGGCUCAAACAAAAAUGGCGGAAUCUCGUAG